AUGGGGAACUGCCUGAAGUCUCCCACAUCAGACGACAUCUCUCUGCUGCAUGAGUCCCAGUCGGACAGGGCGAGUUUCGGAGACGGGAUCGACCCAGACCUAGAGCCACCUCCGCCUUAUCAGGAGCCCUCCCACAUGCCUCUGUACCACCCCACGCCCAGUCAGAGCCGCCUGGCCUCACAGCUGACGGAGGAGGAGCAGAUCCGCAUCGCUCAGCGCAUCGGCCUCAUCCAGCAUCUGCCCAAAGGAGUGUUCGACGGAGGCCCUGAUGGCUCCGAGAAAAAGUUCAGAGAGUGCGUGAUCUGCAUGCUGGACUUCGUGUACGGGGACCCCAUCCGGUUCCUGCCCUGUAUGCACAUCUACCACAUGGACUGUAUAGACGACUGGCUGAUGCGCUCCUUCACCUGCCCCUCGUGCAUGGAGCCGGUGGACGCCGCGCUGCUCUCCACCUACGAGACCAACUGA